AUGAGCUCCGAGCGAGACGUUUCGCUUCGCGUCGCUUUCAUUAAGCGACGUCCGCUUUCGAAGCCCGGCGCCAUCCCUGAUCGCGGUGAGCGCACAUAUAAAGCGCCGCCGAAGAUUCCCGCGCUCAGUCCGUCGCCGCCAGGCUCGCGAGAUGCUGUCCCUGUACCGCGCGUGGCUCGGGCCGAGUCCGUGCGUGGCGCGGCCGGCCCCGCCGCCGGGCGCGCACCGACCAGUGCCGAGGCGGGCGAGGGCGCCUUCGCCGCCGGCCACGCCGCCGCCGCCCUCGCCCUCUUCCUCCGCCUCGAGCGAGCUGGACGUGGAGCGCAUCGAGGCCCCGGAGCCCCCCAAGAGGCAGACGGCGGUUCUAGACGUCGCGUCGUGCGACGGGCCCGUGCGCUUCAGCCGCGUCCCGAACGCGGCGUGGCGCGCGUCGACGCCCGAGCGCGACUGGUCGUGCCGCCACCGCAGAGCCGCGCGCGCCUCCAUCCACUACUACCCUUGCAAGACAUGCGGCUCCAAGUUCCCCUCCUACUACUUCGUGCACAAGCACAGGAAGAGGUGUCACGCGGACGAGGCUACGCGCGAGUCGCCGGAGCCGUCCACGUCUAG